AUGGGUUUUGUGCAGGGUAAGUGCCUCAACCUAGAUGAUCAGGUCGUCUUGUUCCAAAAGACUAUAGAGAUGGAGCUGCAACCACACUUCGGCAGCUCCAAAGAGCUUUCAGACUACCUUUCCAAGUCCAUCUUUGUUAUCAAUAUUGGAAACAAUGACUACGGCGGCUACCUUGUGUCUUAUGUUUCUAAACCCAAUUUAAUGUACACUCCUCAAGCAUUUGCUCAACUACUCAAAGACAUACUUUCUCAACGCUUGGAGACUCUUUACAAGUUGGGGGCCAGGAAGUUUCUAGUGUUCGAGAUUGCUCCGAUUGGGUGCAUGCCAAUAGUUACAAGAUUAGUACCACACGAAGGACCAUGUGUUGAAGAACUAAAUCAGGUUGUAUCAGUCUUCAAUGAUGGGCUUCCUGCAAUGCUGAAACAAUUGACAACUUCGCUCCAAGGCUCCACCUUUGCACUGGGAUAUUUUUCGAAGCUUGGACAUGAUAUGAUCACAAAUCCUUCAAAAUAUGGGCUAGGAGAUACAACAGACCCAUGUUGCAUUGCGGCGAACAAUGGAGCUUGGACCUGCAUUCCAGGUUUAGUUUCGUGCUCCGACGGUGGCAGACAUGCCUUCUGGGAUGGUAUGCACCUCACUGAAGCUAUCUAUUCAACCAUCGGAACCCGUUGCUUUAAUGAUUCUUCUGUCUGUUCUCCAACCAUCCAACAGCUCGUGCAAGGUUGA